AACUUCGGAACAAAUUCUACUUAAGUGAAUAUUUUCUAAAAUAAACACAUCUUCAUAAUAGUUUUUAAUUUUACAAUAACAUGAAUAGCAAAAUUAAUUCAUCCAAAUCGGUACAAACACCUGCAAAUAUGCCAGUUCUAACUAAAUUAACAUCAGAUAUACCUGGCAAUAAAAUAAGCCACUCAAAAAAAAUAUAUAGCUCGAUGUUUGAAAUUUGUGGGCGUGUGCAAGGAGUAUAUUUUCGCAAGCACACUCUAAAAAAGGCCAGGGAACUGGGCCUUAAUGGUUGGUGCAUGAAUACACAAGAUGGCACUGUUAAAGGCAUAAUCGAGGGUCCGCAAGAUCUUAUAUCUGAAAUGAAAUUGUGGUUGCAGCACAAGGGCAGUCCACGUUCCAUAAUUGAAAAAGCGAUUUUCACGCCAAACGAGCCGAUUGUCAAUUACAGUUUCAACUCAUUUACCAUACGGCGUUAAAUUCCCUUUCACUUCCAAUUUCUCUCUGUGAACUUGUUCUAUCACAUACUUCAACUUAAUGUACACACUUUUGGCUUAUUAUAAAAAUAUAUAUAUAUGUCCUAAGGCCAAAA